AUGUCUCAUAUAGAUAAUCCUCCAAGUUCUGAUUCUGAUACUUUAUUAGAUUAUUUUUUACCACAAAGUAGUAUAGGACCUAUUCGUAAUACUAGAAAAAGACCAAUAUCGGAUAAUACUUCUUCUUUAACAUCAGAAAUGCCAAAAUCUCAUCCUUGGUCUUGUGGUCUCUUGGAUCGGGUUGCGAUACCUCACAAAUUAACCGAUCAACCUCUUGAUAAUUCCACUCCCACUAUCAAAUCUGCUCAAAAAUCUUUCCAUCUAUUAAAAUUUAAAUUAAUCAAAGCUAAAUUGUUCAAUGAUUAUAAGAAAAUCGCGGAAUAUUCAACCGAUAUGCUAGCAAUCCAUCCAAAUAGUUAUGCCAUUAGGUAUAUUCGCGCUGAUGCUUAUCGUGCUCUGUUGGAAUAUAAAAAAGCAAAACUUGAUCUCGAUCAUGUAAUUUCCCUAAACCAAAAAAGCAAGAAGCAAUUUGUUUUCGAGGUGUCAUGCAAUGUUUUCUUCGAAAUUCCAUGA